UCUCCGCUCUCUUGGUCUCGCGCCCAGCCUCGCGCACUGAGCUCGCGAGCACGCGCACGGGCGGGCGCGCGCGCGUGAGUGCCGAGUCGCUCGCGCCGUGUUGGUCAUUCGCGCUGUCAUCGUAGGGAUCAUCGUCGUCAUCGUCACGAAGUACUCUUUAUCAUCAUCGUUAGCCGACAAUCAUCGUCACUGGUAUUUCACCAUCAGUAGUCUAUCGUCACCAGCCUCAUCGUUGCCACUCGUCCGUCAUCAUUACUCGGUCGUAAUGAUCACGAGGUCUAUUGUUGUUAUCAUCAUCAUCAUCGCCGUCGGUCUUCCGUAAUCAACCGGGCAAUAAUCGUGGAGAGCGCUUCCACAGCGGUUCCAGAUCGCGUUAGCAUCACCGAACAUCGCAGCGUCGCAAUCAGCACCGCCGUUGGUUGUUUGCGUUCUUUUUGGGGAUUAUUUAAAAAAAUAUUUGCCGCGAAUAUUAAACAACAACAACAACAAAAAACCCAUUGCACUAAUCAGAGGCGUUCGCGCGCUCUCCUCUCGAACGCCACGUUCGGGGACACUCGAACAUCAUUAGGUGCGCAUACUGCGGAACAUUUAUUCGAAAAUAUCGGCACGCGCAGUUGGGUGAUUUUAUCUCGCAGUAUUCGGAUGUUGUGGCGCGAUCAUUCGUGCAAAUUACAUUCAGUGGCAGCGUCUACAAAAGGGGGCGACCGCUGGACCAUCCGUCGCGAGACACCGCAAAACCGCAAUUCAGGAUAUCGGAACCGAGUUAGAGUACGUUCAGGAUCCGUCGAACGCGACAUCGGAUAUUCUGGCAUCCGUUGCAAUAACAGUGCUACUUUUGUUAUAUUGCACGCCCGAGUUGGCAUAGCAGAGGGCCGAGUGGGUAGGGGUGUCGUUGCUGGCUGUGGCAGCCUUAUACGGGCGAGGCGGCUUCGCCUUACGACUUCCCUUGGCGAUGAACAGUGGAGCGACACAAUAAUUGGUGUAGAGUCAUCAUUUAAAAAAAAAACUUCGCCGGAAGCGACAUCGUCUCAGUUGAUUAAUAAAAGAAAUCGGAAGCGAUUUUUAAAACAAAUUUGGUGGCUAAACAACAGCUGUGUUAUAUAUUUGACUCUAGUGGCACGUAGAAACAGAGAGAGAGAGACACGCGCGCGCAUCGCUGGAUACAGACUGUGGAUUGUGGAGUUGUUGAUUGUGGGAAAUCCUUCGGAAGAGACAAACUCGGAUACGAGAGCAUAGCUCGGACAAUUCACGGGGAGAGGCCAAAAUUUCAGAACGGUUCGAGAAAUGUUGGCCUCCCGAUCGCUGUAGAGGAGGCAAUUUUUGUUAGAUUAUUUUCUUUUCUUUCUGGAAUAUUCUCUCCUCGACCAACAAAAGAAAAUCCAUAGGGGGGUUGGGGCGUGGGGCGGUGGGGUGAGGGGAGGCAUACGUGUUUCAAAAAAUACUUCUCCGAAGACAGACAGUGUAAGACGUUGGAGAGCACAUUUGUUUUUGUGGUCGUCAUGGGUUGCACCGUCAGCGCGGAAGAUAAAGCAGCUGCCGAACGUUCGAAGAUGAUCGACAGGAAUCUGAGAGAAGACGGGGAGAAGGCCGCUCGCGAGGUCAAGCUGCUCCUUCUAGGGGCUGGCGAAUCGGGGAAGAGCACCAUAGUCAAGCAGAUGAAGAUCAUCCACGAGGACGGCUACUCGGAGGACGAGUGCAAGCAGUACACGGCGGUCGUGUUCAGCAACGCCAUUCAGUCCAUCAUCGCCAUCAUCCGAGCGAUGGGGAAGCUCAAGAUCGACUUCGGAGACGUUUCCAGAGCGGAGGACGCGCGGCAACUGUUCGUGCUGGCCGGAGUGGCCGAGGAGGGCGUCAUGACCCCCGACCUCUCGGAGGUCAUCAAGCGGCUGUGGUCCGACAGCGGCGUGCAGGCCUGCUUCCGCCGCUCACGCGAGUACCAGCUCAACGACUCGGCCGCCUACUACCUGAACGACCUGGAGAGAAUAUCGAACCUCAGCUACAUCCCCACGCAGCAGGACGUGCUGCGCACGCGCGUGAAGACCACGGGCAUCGUGGAAACUCACUUCACCUUCAAGGACCUCCACUUCAAGAUGUUCGACGUGGGAGGGCAGAGGUCGGAGCGGAAGAAGUGGAUCCACUGCUUCGAGGGCGUCACGGCCAUCAUCUUCUGCGUGGCGCUCAGCGCGUACGACCUGGUGCUGGCGGAGGACGAGGAGACGAACCGCAUGCACGAGAGCAUGAAGCUCUUCGACAGCAUCUGCAACAACAAGUGGUUCACGGAGACGUCCAUCAUCCUGUUCCUCAACAAGAAGGACCUCUUCGAGGAGAAGAUCAACAAGAGUCCCCUGUCCAUCUGCUUCGCCGAGUACAUUGGCUCCAACACGUACGAGGAGGCGGCGGCGUACAUCCAGUGUCAGUUUGAGGACCUGAACAAGAGGAAGGACACCAAGGAGAUCUACUCACACUUCACCUGCGCCACCGACACCAAGAACGUGCAGUUCGUCUUCGACGCCGUCACCGACGUCAUCAUCAAGAACAACCUCAAGGACUGCGGCCUCUUCUGAUGCGGCCGGAUCGUUUGUUCUGCCAGGACUCUGGUGUAUUGCUCUGGAGGAAGAAAGGAUUGCGAAGAGCGCUACCAAACACUCUUUCCUACUCUUCAUUUCGUUCCCCGGCCUUCGUCGCUGCUUUUGUAAAGUGCGCGUCGCGUUGCUCGAAGAAGUUUCUGCCCCCCGCGCCCGAUCAGUCGCGAUCGUUCUCAUUGCUUGCUUGUGUAAUGCAAUGCUUUAUUAGCGGCGUACGGAUGGAGUCUGUCUUCCCCCACCCCCUCUCCCCCAGCACCCCCCCCCACCCCCCCCCCCCCCACACAAACAAUGGCAACAGAAGCACGAUUUAUUUGGUUCGUGUUUAACGCGGGCCCAGCACAAGUGCUUGCGGUAGGAAAGAAGCAAAACAAAACGCGGGGGCGAAGGCAGCAAAGCUUUUGCCCGUUGCGUAAAGUCACCGCGUUCGGGGGGGCGGGGGGGGUGCACCAGUGACGUGCGGUGAGGGCAGUGGCUGGGGAGGCACAGGCUAGUGUCGGAGCCAGAUUCACUCACUGAGGGGGGCGUGGCCUCACAGAGGGGGGCGUGCCCUCACGGAGGAGGCGUGGCCUCACUGAGGGGGCGUGUCCUCACCGAGGCAGAUGUGAUAGCUGCCUCCCCUGGUGCUUUUUCCUUGCAGUUUCAUGACGAGACCGGCGAGCCUAAAUAUCUUUAUACACGUACGU